UUAUAUAUUUUCCUUAAUUAAUCAAAAAUAUAUAUUUUAAAGUGUAGAGAAAAAAACUCUUUGAAUCGUGUAAACAGAAAACGAAAUUCGAAAGCUCCAAUCGCUUUGCUUCUCUCCACCAUCUCCGAUCAAAUCCGCGGUCGAAGGUGAGAAAAAAUGGCAAUGGCUAGAGCAUCAUCUGGCCCCGCCUACCCGGAGAGGUUCUACGCGGCCGCGUCUUACGUCGGAUUCGACGGAUCCGAUUCGUCGGCGAAACAAGUCAGCUCGAAAUUCUCCAAUGACACUGCGCUGCUUCUCUACGCGCUGUACCAGCAGGCCACUGUGGGACCAUGCAACACUCCGAAACCCAGCGCGUGGAGACCAGUGGAGCAAAGCAAGUGGAAAAGUUGGCAAGGCCUCGGAACCAUGCCUUCCAUUGAGGCAAUGCGCCUCUUUGUGAAAAUUCUGGAGGAAGAUGAUCCUACCUGGUAUUCGAGGGCAUCUAAAGAUAUUCCAGAUCCUGUCGUAGAUGUCCAAAUCCAUCAGACAACAAAAGAUGAGCCUGUUGUUGAGAAUGGGAACUCAUUUAGCGAGACAAAGACAAUUCCUGCUGAGAAUGGAGGUUUGGCAGAAACCCAAGACAAAGAUGUAGUCUCGGAAGACCCAAAUACUGUCUCUGUAUAUAACCAGUGGACUGCACCCCAAACAUCAGGUCAGCGGCCAAAAGCCCGUUAUGAGCACGGAGCAGCAGUUAUUCAAGAUAAAAUGUAUAUAUAUGGUGGAAAUCACAAUGGCCGCUACCUUGGUGAUCUUCAUGUUCUAGAUUUAAAAAGUUGGACUUGGUCAAGAGUUGAAACCAAGGUUGCAACUGAAUCAGAGGAAACCUCUCCAACCUUACUAUCUCCUUGUGCUGGUCAUUCUCUGAUACCGUGGGAACACAAGUUUCUGUCUAUCGGUGGUCAUACUAAGGAUCACUCAGAACCUAUGCAAGUGAAGGUCUUUGAUACCCAUACCUAUACAUGGUCAAUGUUGAAGACAUAUGGAAAACCACCGGUUUCACGUGGAGGCCAGUCUGUCACAGUCGUUGGCAAAACUUUGGUGAUAUUUGGUGGCCAAGAUGCAAAUAGAUCACUUCUGAACGAUUUGCAUGUACUCGACCUAGAAACUAUGACCUGGGAUGAGAUAGAUGCCCUAGGUGUGUCGCCGUCUCCGAGGUCUGAUCAUACUGCUGCAGUGCACGCAGAACGUUACCUUCUUAUCUUUGGUGGGGGCUCACAUGCUACCUGUUUCGGUGAUCUGCAUGUCCUUGAUUUGCAGACUAUGGAGUGGUCAAGACCAGCACAACAAGGUGAGGUACCAACUCCAAGAUCUGGACAUGCUGGCGUGACAAUUGGGGAGAACUGGUUUAUUGUUGGUGGUGGUGAUAACAAGAGUGGGGCAUCUGAAAGUGUUGUACUAAACAUGUCAACUCUUACAUGGUCGGUAGUGGCUUCAGUUCAAGGACGUGUACCUCUUGCUAGCGAGGGAUUAAGUUUAGUCGUUAGUUCAUACUAUGGUGAAGAUGUGCUAGUUGCUUUCGGAGGAUACAAUGGACGUUACAACAACGAGAUUAAUCUGCUUAAGCCAAGCCACAAAUCAACACUGCAACCAAAGACUCUAGAAACGCCUUUGCCAGUUAGUCUUUCUGCUGUUAACAACGCCACGACCAGAGACAUCGAGUCAGAGGUGGAGGUGAGCCAAGAAGGCAGAGUACGGGAAAUUGUCAUGGACAACGUUAACCCUGGAUCAAAGGUUGAAGGAAACAAUGAACGCAUUAUUGAGACUCUUAAAGCCGAGAAGGAAGAACUGGAGUUAUCACUGAACAAGGAGAAGAUGCAGACUCUCCAACUAAGGCAAGAGCUAGCAGAUGGAGAAUCACGGAAUGCAGAUUUGUACAAGGAACUUCAUUCUGUCCGUAGCCAACUUGCAACCGAACAAUCAAGAUGCUUCAAACUGGAGGUUGAUGUUGCGGAGCUAAGGCAAAAACUUCAAACACUGGAAACGCUGCAAAAGGAACUUGAACUCCUUCAGCGCCAAAAGGCUGCCUCUGAACAAGCCGCGGUGAAUGCUAAACGACAGAGCUCGGGUGGUGUCUGGGGCUGGCUCGCUGGAAGCCCUCAGGAGAAAGAUGAUUCGCCAUGAUUAUUUGUUUUUUCCUCUUCCCGUAUACUCGCUCCAUAUUUGCCUUCAAGUAAAGAAAGAUAUAUUACUAUGUAUUUUUUUUGUCCGAGUCUCACGCAUGGUUUCUUCUUCCAAUAAAUAUUUCAGCACUCUUCCUCGUUGAGAUUUUAAAGUACUACAAGAUGUUUUACCUUUUUAUAUAUUACUUAUGAUUCGUGUUA